AGCUGAGCGGGGAGUGCGUGCUAGUGACGGAGUGGGUGGAGGGUGAGAAGCUGAGUGACAGCGCCUCCCCCGACGUGCGCGCGCUGUGCUCCACCCUGCUCAGCGCCUACCUGGUGCAGCUGCUGGGCACGGGUCUGCUGCACGCGGACCCGCACCCGGGCAACCUGAUGCGCACGCGGGAUGGGAAGAUCUGUGUGUUGGACUUUGGGUUGAUGACUGAGGUGACACCGGAGCAGCGGCUGGGGUUGCUGGAGUUCAUCGCACACCUCACCACACAGGACUGGCCCCGGCUGGCCUGCGAUCUGCAGACGCUGGGCUUCAUCCCCCCGCAUGUGGACCCGCGGCAGGCGGAGCUGGUGGAGCCGCUGGGGCGGGUGAUGGGGCAGCUGAGCGGGGGCGGGGGGGCCACGCGGGUCAACAUUGACAAGGUGAUGGGAGACCUGCAGACCCUGGGCAAGCAUUAUCCUAUACAGGUUCCCCCCUUCUUCGCGCUCAUCCUGAGGGCGUUCAGCGUCAUUGAGGGUAUCGCCCUCCGAGUGGACCCCGCCUACUCCAUCGUGGCUGACUGCCUGCCCUACCUGGCCACCCGCCUGCUGGAGGACGACUCGCCGCGCGUGCGGGCGCUGCUGAGGGACAUCCUGUACGGCAGCAGCAGCAGCAGUGGUAGCAGCAGCAGCGGCAGCGCUAGCAGUAGUUAUAAUGGCGGCAGCAGCGCCGCUAGCAGUAGUGGCAGUAGUACAGGUUCAAGUGAGGCUGCUGCUGCUGGUGGUGGUGGCAGUGGUGGCAGUGGUGGUGUAGUUCGGCGGCAGCGGAUGGAUGUGGCUAGGUUGAUCCGGUUGGCGGAGGGCUUGGCGGCCUUCAGCACCGAUGGACUCAGCAGGAGCGGCAGCGGCAGCAGCAAUAGCAGUGAGGGAUUAACAGCAGGGGGAGCACUAGUAGCAACAACACCAGUAGUGGUAGCAUCAGCGGGGCUGCCAGCGGGAGGGGAAGCGCGGGGCCUGGCCAGGGCGUUACCAGCGGCGGGUGGCGACGGGGAUGAGGUGGCGGAGGUUGCAUCAGGGCGGAGAGCAGCAGCCACCUCCUCCUCCUCCUUCCCUCCUCCUGUCGCCUCCUCCUCCUCCGCCCCUGUGUUGAGUCCCGCGGUGGUGGCGGCGCUGCGGGCGGUGGUGCGGCCCGGCUCCUACCUCAGCGAGCUGCUGGCGGAGGAGGUGGUUGCCGCGGUGGAUGCGCUGUCCCGUG